CCUUUCAGUUAGUAUCGUAAAGGGUCCAACUCCAUCCGGGCCGCAGUAAGAACGAUUUGGAAGCCCUAAAAAGCUGUAGAAGAAGAAGAUGUUAGAAACAGAGAUGAAGAAGGAUAUCUGCUGACCGCCGACCAUCAGCAAGAAGGAACGAGGUACGCCUGCUUGUAAUAUAAAUUCUUCCGUAGUUUCUAAUAUUUUCGGAAUUGGAUUAUAUGGCUAAAACAAAGUCACAAAAAGGAGAUGGGGAGGAUAAUGAUUUUGGGAAAUUGGAAUACCUGUCACUCGUAUCCAAGGUAUGCACAGAGCUCGAAAGUCACUUAGGGUUUGGAGACAAAGUGUUGGCUGAGUACAUUACGGAGUUGGGGCAGAACAGCCGCACCGUUGAUGAAUUUGAUGCAAAGCUUAAGGAAAAGGGAGCCGAAAUGCCUGAUUAUUUUGUUCGUACACUCCUUACCAUUAUUCAUGCCAUUCUCCCUCCUUCCCUCCCCAAGUCUGACGCUGCCGAUAACAAGACCGACGAUCCUCAUAAGUCCAAGUACAGAGCUCUUGCUAUAGCUGACUCUAAGGACAGAGCCAAGGAGCUCGAAAGGGAGCUUGAAGUAGAAGUUCUUGCUCGGGAGAGUAAUAAUCGUGACUCUGAAGACAGAGAUAGAGACAGAGAUCGACGUAGGGACAGGGAUAGAGAUAGAUCUCAUAGAGAUAGGGAUAGGGAUAGAGAUAGAGAUAGAGAUAGAGAUGAGAGACGUAGAGAGGAUAGGAGUAGACCGACUCAGAGGGAUCGGUAUGACAUGCCUAGGAGAGACGAAAGCGAAGACAAAGGUCACCGUGAUAGGGACACUGCUGAGCUAUCCCAAAGGGAAAGUAGGAGGACCGGGCAUGAUGGUCCUGAAUUGUACAAUGUCUACAAGGGUAGGGUGUCCAGGGUGAUGGAUUCUGGCUGUUUUGUGCAGCUUACUGAUUUUAGGGGCAAAGAAGGCUUGGUUCAUGUUUCGCAGAUGGCAACUAGGAGGAUUUCUAAUGCUAAGGAUGUUGUCAAGCGUGACCAGGACGUUUUUGUUAAGGUCAUUUCAGUUUCAGGGCAGAAGUUGAGCCUUUCCAUGAGGGAUGUUGAUCAAAAUACUGGCAAGGAUCUUCUUCCUUUAAAGAAGACAUAUGACAACGAUGACGAUACUUUUAGAACUAACCCAUCAGCUUCCAAGGAUGGGCCGGUCACUAGAACUGGCCUUUCUGGGAUUAGGAUCUUGGAAGAGGAUGGUGCUGUUCCAUCACGUCGCCCACUGAAGAGAAUGAGCUCACCGGAGAAAUGGGAAGCUAAACAGUUGAUUGCUUCUGGUGUUGUAAGCGUCCAAGAGUAUCCUAUGUAUGAUGACGAAGGAGAUGGGCUGCUCUAUCAAGAAGAGGGAGCUGAGGAAGAGCUUGAAAUUGAAUUAAAUGAAGACGAGCCUGCAUUUUUGCAAGGUCAGACUCGGUAUUCUGUUGAUAUGUCACCAGUGAAAAUUUUUAAGAAUCCCGAAGGAUCCUUGAGUCGUGCUGCUGCACUUCAAUCUGCACUGAUAAAGGAAAGAAGAGAAGUUAGGGAACAGCAGCAGAGAACCAUGCUUGAUUCAAUACCUAAGGAUCUUAAUCGUCCUUGGGAGGACCCAAUGCCUGAGACUGGGGAGAGGCAUCUUGCACAGGAGCUUAGAGGCGUUGGCUUGUCUGCUUAUGACAUGCCUGAAUGGAAAAAGGACGCAUUUGGGAAAGCUUUGACAUUUGGUCAAAGAUCGAAGCUGUCUAUUCAGGAACAAAGGCAGAGUUUGCCAAUCUACAAAUUGAAAAAGGAGUUGGUUCAGGCUGUACAUGAUAAUCAGGUUCUAGUAGUUAUUGGCGAGACAGGUUCAGGUAAGACUACCCAGGUAACACAGUAUCUUGCUGAGGCUGGUUAUACUACAAGGGGUAAGAUUGGAUGCACUCAACCUCGACGUGUGGCUGCAAUGUCUGUAGCCAAGAGGGUGGCUGAAGAGUUUGGUUGUCGUUUAGGGGAGGAGGUUGGAUAUGCCAUUCGUUUUGAGGACUGUACUGGACCAGAUACUGUGAUCAAGUACAUGACAGAUGGUAUGCUACUUAGAGAGAUUCUGAUUGAUGAAAGUCUUUCUCAAUAUUCAGUUGUAAUGCUUGAUGAAGCUCAUGAGAGGACAAUCCACACUGAUGUUCUUUUUGGGUUACUUAAACAGCUUGUGAAGAGGAGACCUGAUCUUCGCCUGAUUGUCACAUCUGCCACGCUGGAUGCUGAGAAAUUUUCGGGUUAUUUCUUUAACUGUAAUAUUUUCACAAUUCCUGGGAGAACGUUUCCUGUGGAGAUCUUAUACACUAAACAGCCAGAAAGUGACUAUUUAGAUGCAUCUUUGAUCACUGUGCUACAAAUACAUUUAACAGAACCUGAGGGUGACGUACUUCUUUUCUUGACUGGUCAGGAGGAGAUUGAUUUUGCAUGCCAAUCCCUCUAUGAGAGGAUGAAAGGACUAGGUAAAGAUGUCCCUGAACUAAUCAUACUGCCUGUUUAUAGUGCCCUUCCCAGUGAAAUGCAGUCCCGGAUUUUUGAACCUGCCCCUCCAGGGAAGCGAAAGGUGGUUGUGGCAACCAAUAUUGCCGAGGCCUCCUUGACUAUUGAUGGAAUAUUUUAUGUGAUAGAUCCUGGGUUUGCAAAGCAGAAUGUAUAUAAUCCAAAGCAAGGGCUUGAUUCUCUCAUCAUAACUCCAAUUUCCCAAGCAUCUGCUAAGCAACGAGCUGGACGCGCCGGGCGUACUGGACCUGGAAAGUGUUAUCGUCUAUACACUGAAAGUGCAUACCGUAAUGAGAUGUCCCCUACAUCAAUUCCAGAAAUUCAAAGGAUAAAUCUUGGACUUACUACACUUACUAUGAAGGCAAUGGGAAUUAAUGAUCUCCUCUCAUUUGAUUUUAUGGAUCCACCUUCACCCCAGGCCCUCAUAUCUGCCAUGGAGCAGCUGUACAGUUUGGGAGCUUUAGAUGAAGAGGGCCUUCUGACGAAAUUGGGAAGGAAAAUGGCAGAAUUUCCCCUGGAUCCGCCAUUGUCCAAGAUGCUGCUGGCAAGUGUAGAUCUCGGAUGUAGUGAUGAAAUUCUGACUAUCAUUGCCAUGAUCCAAACUGGUAACAUAUUCUACAGACCAAGGGAGAAACAAGCUCAAGCAGAUCAGAAGAGGGCCAAGUUUUUCCAGCCUGAAGGAGACCAGUUAACCUUACUUGCUGUAUAUGAGGCUUGGAAAGCUAAGAACUUUUCAGGGCCUUGGUGUUUUGAGAAUUUUGUUCAGUCCAGAUCCUUGAGGAGGGCUCAAGACGUUAGGAAACAGCUUCUUUCAAUAAUGGAUAAAUACAAAUUGGAUGUUGUGAGUGCUGGGAAGAAUUUCACUAAAAUAAGAAAAGCCAUUACUGCUGGGUUCUUUUUUCAUGGGGCCAGAAAGGAUCCACAGGAAGGUUAUAGGACCCUAGUUGAGAACCAGCCAGUUUAUAUCCACCCAAGCAGUGCUCUUUUUCAAAGACAGCCGGACUGGGUGAUCUAUCAUGAACUCGUAAUGACUACAAAGGAAUACAUGCGUGAGGUAACUGUUAUAGAUCCCAAAUGGCUUGUGGAACUGGCACCCAGAUUCUUUAAAGUGGCAGAUCCAACAAAAAUGAGCAAGCGCAAGCGUCAAGAACGGAUUGAGCCUCUAUAUGACAGAUAUCAUGAACCUAAUUCAUGGCGAUUGAGUAAACGGCGAGCUUGAUAUUUGUAUCAAGAGCUCAUGGAUUGCUAUCUCCGUUCAAUUCUGUAAAUAUUCCAGUUUUAGAUCUUACAGCAUGCGGGUGACAACAACUCACUGUAUGUUAAAUGAGCUGCUUCUGCCUUAUGGUGCUGACUUGUCAGUAAGCUUCUAUGCAAUUUAACAAUUUGUUUUCUAUUUCAGUGAAGUUAUUCCAGAACAGUUUUGUUUCCAAGUCUCAUUAGUUUUUGCUUAUUCUUGUACUUUCUUUUGUCGUCAAGACAUAUUUCAAGUCAAAUAUUUUUUGGCCCA